AGCAUCAAUUACGACAUGGAUAUCUGUAACGUAUGCGGCGGCAAAAAUGAGUGUAUUGGUUGUGAUGGAAUUCCUUUCAGUGGGCUUAAGCCUGAUGAAUGUGGACAAUGCCUGAGCGAAACAAAUGAAAAACGAAACAAUUGUACGCGCUUCAUAUUCCACAAUGAUCUUAGGAUAUAUUUGUUAACCAAAUGGAACUCUAAUUCCUUUUGUUACCAUUUUCAAUCAGUACAGACAUUGAACAAGGGAGUGUCAACAAAAUGUCAAGUGAGAGAUGAAGUCAGCAAUUCUGUUGAAAUGUCAUAUUUCAUCGAAAAUACACCAAUACGAUAUAUUAUAUAUUAUUUCAACUAUAAGUUUUCAAGUAAAGUAUUCCGGGGUUGCCCUUCAUUUCCAAGUGAAAUGUACUUUUGGCCAAGUAGCAAUGGAACAAUUAAGUGCCACGUAUUUAACCGUUCUCCGCCAUAUGAAGAACUCCUAUCUGUUGAAAGGUCGUUUACAUUUAUACAAGUCGAUUUCAGUAAGAACUAUGUAGCAAAAAUAACUCCCACAGCUGUGUACACCAAUAAAAGUAUAGAGCUAAUUGCAGAGGUCAAGAAUAUAUCAUCAACAUCUUUUAAGUGUGUUUAUGUUUCAUCUUCGUCUGAUUUCUUCAUUUCUUCAGAAAAUUCAGCACUGACUGAACUUUCUUCUGUUCGUUGUCACUUGCCACAAAUUCCUAUUUGCCAGGAUUAUAAACUGAUUUUAGUAGAUGAGUCAUGGACCGAUGAUGACGUGCCACCCUCCAGUAUUAUAGAAGCUAUGUGGCAAAAUACAGUCCAAGCUUUUCGUGUCAAAGCACCAGCACCAAAUGUAUUGAAAGCUCUAGUUUCUGAUGAUCUACGAGAAAUCCAAAUUCACUUUAAAGUUAACAUAGUUGUCACAAAACAUUGUUCGGCGCUCUUCACUCCAGAAAGCUUGAAACAAUUAGGAUUUACAGAUUUUUCAUGCUGGAACUCUGUCAAUGCUCUGUUUCUUUAUCUCCAAUCUACUGUAAAACUAAGUCUAAAUAUGACACUGACUUUUGCCCAUCACAAUGGAAUUCGAACUUUUUGUUCCCAGGACAGUUUCAGUGAUGAAGUAGAAGGAUUGAUUCAUGUAAACUUUCCUGAAAGAAUGAUAAAACCAAAAUUCUUCUUACAUGGGCCUCAACAUGUUUGUACAGGAGUGGUUCGGUUACGAAUUUCACAGAUUAUAGGUGGAGGAGCAUUUGGACUGAAGUACUCUUGGUCUGUAACGUCCAAACCAGCAAUGAAUUUAUCAGCCAUUCAUGACUUUCUGCACCAUAAGACGAACUUUGUGGAAAUUCCUGUGGAGAUGCUUCAACCAGGUGUGCGAUAUGUGAUUUCUGUAUUUGGUGAGAAUAUCUUGGGUGUCACGAGCGAUACCUACUAUCAUACUGUGGUCCGAAAGGAUUUUCAACAACUGGCUGUUUCAGUAGCAGGUUUGGUGGAAGUUGAUCCUGUUCAGAAUAAUAUAUACAUAGCAGAAGUAGAUCCAUGUCACGAGCAUAUAUUUCCUAUUUCGUUUUACUGGCAUGUGAACAGUAGCGACUUCUUCCUGCCAAGCAACAGAGGCCCAGUUUUGAGAAUACCGAAAUAUACUAUGAAGAGAAACAAAUUUUACGAAUUAGCUGUUACAGUUAUCCCAGUAACCCUGUGUCCAAAGGAUGCCGCCCGAGCAUCACAUAAAUGUUGCGUAAUGGUCACCGUAGUUGCAUGAGAGGACGUGUUGCUAGGGGUGAUGUCAUAGUUCCACGAAGAGGCACCAAAGGACGCGUUGAUAUAAUGAGUGUGCAGAUAGUUUAUAAGCAAACCACCAGAGGGUGAUGUAGAUCAACAUGAUUACAUUGUAAA